AUGUUCAGCUUACCGGUUGUUGCUCCAGAAGCAGCUGUUGAUGCGUCACUUGCUCCAGAAACUGUAGUUCCAGGACUCGCAGUAGAUCCUCCAGUAGAAGUGAUAACUGUUGUGCUGGUAAUCUCAGCCACCGAAAGAGCCAAGCAGAAAGCCAGACACAAAGAGAAUUUCAGACUCGGCAUAAUUUCAGAAAAGGCAAAAACAGAAAUGAAGUUUUAA